GUCACGGCGCAGAAUACCGUCGGCGUUCAGGGCGUCUUUGCGGUUGCAGAAGACUUUGUUGCUGAGCAACUAAGAUCAGUGCUUUCGGAUAUGCAGGUUGAUGUGAUAAAGACAGGCAUGCUACCUUCUCCAGGUGUGAUCAGAGUCAUUUGCCAGAAAAUAAAAGAGUUUCCUGUACAAGCUGUAGUUGUUGAUCCGGUAAUGAUUUCUACAAGUGGUGAUGUGCUUUCUGGUCCGUCCACGCUCGAAGGAUUUUGCAAGGAGCUUCUUCCAUUGGCCGAUAUUGUUACCCCGAAUUUGAAAGAAGCUUCGGCCCUACUUGGAGGAAUAUCGUUGAAUACUGUAGGUGACAUGCGUUUCGCUGCGAAAUCCAUACUUGAUUUUGGAGCCAGGAAUGUGCUUGUAAAAGGUGGGGGUCUGCCUGGUUCAUCAGACGCCAUAGACAUAUUUUUUGAUGGGGAACAGUUUCAUGAGCUGUGUGGACCACACAUAAAGACGCGAAACACUCAUGGAACUGGUUGCACUCUGGCAUCAUAUAUAGCAGCAGAGCUUGCUAAAGGUACUCCAAUGCUGCAAGCUGUUCAGGCGGCUAAAAGCUUUGUGGAGAGAGCCCUGCUUUACAGUAAGGAUCUUAUGAUAGGAAAUGGACCGCAAGGUCCCUUUGAUCACCUGUUCAUGCUGAAGAACCAACAGAACAAUUAUGCCCAGAAAUCACGAUUCAAUGCAAAUAGUUUAUUAUUGUAUGCCAUUACUGACUCUCGAAUGAACAGAAAAUGGAAUCGCUCCAUUACAGAAGCUGUUAAAGCUUCCAUUGAAGGAGGCGCCACCAUCAUUCAGCUAAGAGAAAAAGAGGCAGAAACUCGUGAAUUCAUUGAAUCCGCCAUGGAGUGCAUGAAAAUUUGCCGUUCUUACAACGUACCUCUACUGAUCAAUGACCGGAUCGACGUCGCCCUUUCCUGCGACGCUGAUGGCGUGCACAUCGGCCAGUCUGACAUGCCGGCGGAAUUGGCUCGCAAAAUUCUUGGUCCAGGCAAGAUCAUCGGUGUGUCCUGCAGGAACCCGGCAGAAGCCAUGAAAGCUUGGGUUGAUUGUGCCGAUUACAUCGGCUGUGGUGUAGUUUUCCCUACCAGCACAAAGCAGGACACUGUGAUCAUCGGAUUAAAGGGUCUCGAAACUGUUUGUUCAGCGUCGAAGCUUCCUGUGGUUGCCAUUGGUGGUAUUGGUGCUGGAAAUGUGCAGUCAGUUAUGGAACUUGCUGCGCCCAAUCUGAAAGGUGUAGCAGUUGUGUCUGCUCUUUUUGAUCAGGAAUCUAUUGUUGCUGAGACCCGCAGACUAAAAUCAUUGUUGACAGGAAGGUGAUGCCUUUGGGUUUCUCUUGUUCUUUGUGAGAAAGAGUGAAGUUUUUCUCUUUUGAUGUUUUAUAAUAACUAAUAUGAACCAGAAUCCCUCACAACAUUGGCUACCUUUUUUUAUGUAACUGGUUGUGUUCAUAUUA